AUGGCGCACCAGGACCACUCGCACGGCCGCGGCAAGGGCGGCAAGGGCCUCGGGAAGGGCGGCGCGCGCAGGCACCGCAAGCUGCUGCGCGACAACCUGCAGGGCAUCACGAAGCCCGCGAUCCGCCGCCUCGCGCGCCGCGGCGGCGUGAAGCGCAUCUCUGGGCUGAUCUACGAAGAGACCCGCGGCGUGCUCAAGCAGUUCCUGGAGAACGUCAUCCACGACGCGGUGACGUACACGGACCACGCGAAGCGCAAGACGGUCACGGCGCUGGACGUCGCGUACGCGCUGAAGCGCCAGGGCCGCACUAUCUACGGCUUCGGCGUGUGA